AUGUCUAGCCGCUCGCCACCAUGUUUGUCGUACAACCCUUUCGCUAAGGAAUCUCAGUCAUUUGUUACUGGCCGGUGGCGGAACGCCAGCAGCUGCACCCGAACAUACAGCAGUAACGCUCAAACCUCCAACGAUUCUCUAGCGAAGAAGGCAUCUUCAAGUAAACACGAGAUUUCAGCUCUCUUGCACAGAAUCUCAGCAUUUUUACCUCGUGCACUACCGGGAUCUACCACCGACAGAGGAAUACAGUCUUCCCAACUCUGGAGUGAACUCUUGAGCGAGGUCGACGCAGACUUAUGUUCCACGUCAGAAGUGCAUCCGAGUGCUCGCGUAGUUGUAUGCGGAGCUGACCAGUGGGCCGGCUCUCAUGAGCUCAUCACAGCCCUCCUCGAAAACCCGUUUACGACUGAUGAAGCUUACAGCGACAUCCUACGAAACCGGUGGAAAAACCAGUCUGCCUACCUUACAAUUGAAUCAUCAACCUCCUUCAUCAACGGCACCCUUACCAUCCCUGCAUCUUGGCUCCAACAAUACCCCUUCCCCGUCCAACUCACCGAAAUCCCAUCUCUUUCCUCCGAUCCUUCCCUCCCCAAAAUACUCCUCAAAGGAGAUGUGCUAAUCUUCCUCUGCAAUCCACUAACAACCCCACUACCCACGCUCAUCUCCAACGCCCAAUACAUUCUUCAAAGACCGAACACAAUACUCGUCCUCACCGCUUCUAGCGUAUCCGGACAUGCGAUAGAUUACAUUUCCAAGGAACUGGCAGCUGCAAAUUGCACCCCCGGAAAAAUUCUUGCUGUGGACCCUAUUCGUGCACUGGAAGCCGUCUCUGCUCUCAAGUCGGAUCCUUCAUCUCCUACUGCUAUUCAGAGAUACCAGGACGAUUUUAUGGGGUCGAGGAUAUCGCUUCUUGGUGAUGUCUUGGCGGGGAUGCUUGGGUUGAAGGACUCGAGUCGCACGGUAUCGUCGUCAUCGUUGUUGUUAGCUAUCCGCACUCGGAGUGCUGUGAUACAAAUGCAGGGCGCGUUAUAUGCUAGCGCUCGGUCGGUAUCCCAAGCACGUGUAGCGAUAGACCGCGUCUUUACAGGCGCAAGCGAGCUGCAAUCGCAAGUCGAGGAAGUCCGCGCGAGAACAGACAGGGAGGUGCUUGUAGAGUCUGGAAUAGAUGAAGCUCUGCUUCGCGGCUCGAAAGAGAUGAAAGCCUUAUUAGAGUCGUUGUCAUGGCUGAAGAUGAUAUGGCGCAUUGAUGAGAUAGAUUCUUUGCACUGGUGUAGGGAACUUGAAAACCAGCUCAUCCUGCAAACGGGUCGUCUCGCCUCUACCCAAGCAUCCCUGACAUCAUCCACCUUUUCCCAACUUGCCAAACUCGCGUCUCCAUCCUCGUCCCCCGCUUUCCAAUCCUCUAUCCUCGACAACCACCUCCGUCAAUUGACACACUCCCCGACAUACGCACUCACCCCAGAUGCCCUCACUCGCCCCAUCCAAGCACGACGUUCCCAGCUGACAAAACACACCACCACGCGUUUACACCGUGAUGGCCAGAACGCAGUGUUGGGCGCGUUUGGUGGUAUGUUUGGCGGUGCUGGUGUAGGAUGGUGGCUUGCAUUUGGAGAGAGCGCUUUGAGCGUUGGCGCUGGUUCUGAAGCAGGUACUGCGCUAGGUGCUGGUGCGCUCGUUGCUGUUGCUAGUAUAAGAUGGGCGGUGGGGAAAUGGGAGCGAGCAAAGAGGAAAUGGGUGGAGGAUGCUGAUAGGGUUGGGGAGGGACUGAAGAGGGAUCUGAAGGUGACUCUGGAUCGAGGCAUCGAGAAAAAUGUCGCAGUUGUUCCUAUAGCGGCGUAUGAAGGACUGCGAGAGCUUGCCGGGAAACAGCAGGAAGAGAUCGAUGUUGUUAGGAGCGAUCUUAUUUCGAUGCAAGCUGACGUCGAAGUGCUUGAAACUCCUCGACCUUCAUAG